UUGAUUCCUCUCAACAUUACUUGUAAAACAAUUUGAUGAGAAAGGAAAUAGCAAUGGUGGGUUCUCUGUUAGUGAAUGGCUUACGAGCUCUUUUCUUAGUAUUAUGCUGUUUGAUGGUAGCCACUCUCAUUUACACCAUCUCCAUUGAUGGCCUCCCUUUCCGCAUGGAACUUCUUACACCGUGGAUGAUUGCAACUUUGGUUGAUUUCUACAUCAAUAUUGUGCCUUUGGCGGUUUGGGUUUCCUACAAAGAAUCAAGUUGGAUUAGUGCAACACUUUGGGUAAUUCUGCUUAUAUGUUUUGGCAGCAUUACGACAUCUGGCUACCUUUUUAUACAAUUUCUCAAGUUGUCUCCUCAAGAAUCUUUGCAAGAUCCCAUUUAUCAGGUUUUAUUGCGCCAUACAAACAUGGAUGCUACAAAGCCAAAGAGGAAGCAUUCCCCUGUUGUGAUUGCAAGAAUCCUCUUCAGUGUUUUGGGCUUCUUGAUGCUGGGAACUUUGAUCUACACUCUCUUAACUGAUGGUUCACCUUUCCGAAAAGAGCUCCUAACUCCGUGGAUGACAGCUACAUUGAUUGACUUCUAUAUAAAUGUUGUGGCUCUGUCGGUCUGGGUUGCCUACAAAGAAUCAAAUUGGGUUAGUGCAUUCUUUUGGAUAGUCCUACUGAUAUGUUUUGGCAGCAUUACUACAUGUGCCUACAUUGUCAAAGAGCUCUUGCAGCUCACUUGGCAAGAUCCACUCUACCUCAUUUUGGUAACACAACACAACAGAAAGCAGGUAUGAGAGCACAUUGUGGUCAACAGGAUAACAAGAAGUUGAUAUGCGGAAGAUUUCUCACUGGUUUAAUAUGAUUUUCUAGCAACAACAUGGCACGGUAACUUACUUUUCUUUUAGUUGAAUAUAUGUUGACAUCAAUCAACCCAAGAUUUGAUGAUAUGAACAAUUCAAACUCCGCAUUGCCAAAUCUCCUGUAUUUUAUUGCAAACAAUUUGGAUGCUAAACAUUGUCUACCAAUCAUCAUAAUGUGAAACUUCACUUCUGGAAAAGAGCAUGAUAGUUAUGGGUGGGUAGUUUUUAUUUGUUAAUAUUCAUCCUAACUAUUUCAGUCAUAUUUGUGAGCAUGACUGAACUUGGUCAGAGCCACUAGUUUCAGAGGAAAUUGAAACUGUAAGUCUGGAACAAAUAAUAUUAUCCUACUAUUGAGA